AUGCCUCAUCUAAAGGACGAGGAACUGGGAAAGAAGGAUGACGACCACCGAUUUCAACCAGCACGCUCUCGGUCCCUGCCCCAGUGUUCAAAUAUUCCUCGCCCUCGAAGACUGAUUGUUGCCUUGAUUGCUCUCGUGCUGGUCUACCAGUUUUUCAAACAUAUGCCGACCGACCUAAAGCCAGCCCGCGAACGAUAUAACCCAGAGAUCGCACGUUUCAGACAGCAGCAGCAGCACUCUUCAUCUGCAAGUUCAGCGCAGCCCCUUGCGGCGGCACCCCAAAUUGAUAUUUCGUCGGAGGCAGACGCCCAAGGCAGCAAUUAUAAGGGCGAAUUGUAUGAUGGGAAGAUCAAGCUCUAUGAGCUGUCCGGUUCGCUACCCCAAAAUAAACACCCGGAGAAUGCACCCAGUGAUGCUGUGCUAUUCGCUGGAUCCAAUCUCCAUAGCAUCACGGACAUGCUGCCUUUAGCCUGUCGAAUGGCACGCGAACAACGAAAUCAUGUCCACUUGGCCAUAUUCGGAAAGGAAGAGGUUUCAGUUGAAGGAAUUCAACACGUCAAUGGUAUCGUGGAAUCCGAAUGUCCAAUUGUAUGGCAUGAUAGCCGACCGGACUAUGCUGCCCAGUCUACCGAUGCUCGACUGGCUCGGUCUGUCAAAGGUGGUCUUGGAUUUAUUCAAUCUUACAUCGCACCAGAGGUCAUCAUCACACAAAUGAAGGACUGGGAAGACUCUUUCUUCUGGAUUGGACUUGAGCAUCAUAUACAGGAUGCUGCCAUUCCCCAUAUCGCUCUUCCAACUACCUCAAGGGAUAUUAUGUGGAUAGCUACCAUUGAUAGCACUGCUCUUAAAGUCUGGAAUGACGUUCAUGUCGAUCUGGUGGUUCAUGCAUCCCAGUCGCCGGGCUCUCUUAUCAGGCUUGUCCGGUCGCUAGAUGCUGCUGAUUAUUUGGGAUCUACUCCCAGAUUAACCAUAGAUCUUCCGCCGCAAGUGGAUCAUAAAACACUUGACUUCCUGGGGCAUAUCAAUGGCUUAACCCAACUGAAGGAACAGAUCACGCUCCGGCGACGUAUCCAGCCGCACUUUAUGGACCCCGUUGAAUCUUCUCUUCGAACCGUUGAGUCGUUUUAUCCUCUUAACCCGGGGGUGUCUCAUCUGCUCGUGCUAUCUCCACAAACGGAGGUGGCACCGUCCUUCUAUCAUUAUCUGAAGUACAGCAUUUUGGCCUACAAACAGUCUGCUCGGGACCCAGAUUUGACAUCCAAGCUUCUUGGAAUUUCUCUAGAGCUUCCAUCUGCAAAACCUACCAUGAAGGAUGACCCUUUCUUUGCGCCAUUAUCGGAGUCAAAAGCAAAAACAGAGUACAUUCCCUCAUUUCUUUGGCAAGCUCCGAAUAGCAAUGCAGCAUUGUACUUCGGUGAUAAAUGGGCUGAGUUUCAUUCAUUCCUUUCGAGUCGUCUUGACGUUUCAGAAUCCAAAGCAAAUAUUCCUUCUCAAGAGAAGCUCAUCUCCCCGAAAUACCCGGCCUUCAUGGAAUACCUACUGGAAAUGAUGCGGGCCAAAGGAUACUAUAUGCUCUACCCAUCAUUUUCUGGUACCAGGGCAUCAUCCUUGGUGACUGUCCACCAAGACUUAGCCCAGGAGCCCGAGGAGUAUAUACAAGACACAAAACAUGGAGUAUCUGAGGACAACCUCUCCGACGACAUCGAACUAGUAACGCCGGAAAAGACACCAAAUCAAGCAUCGACCAUCACGACACUAUUUGACACUUUUGAGCUGGGCCUUCCAGGCAUGGAAACAUUGCCUCUAAUCUCUUUUGAUGGCGAGAAUUUGGCCCAAGAAAGGCUCACUCAAGUAGCCAAGGAUUAUUCUCAACAAUUUCGAACACACUACGGAGGCUGUUCCAGUAGUCCGGGAGGCGCUGGAUAUUCUGAUGAUCUAUUUUGUCUUGAAGGAUGA